CCGCCAGCUCGCCGGCCCGGGCCCUUGACUCCGGCGCCCGCCGCGCUCGCCACCGCACGCCUCCACCCGCGCGGCUCGCCAGCACUCACCGCGCUCGCGCCCUCGCCGGCAGCUGCAGCCAUGGGUCCCCGAGGCGCACGCGCCUCAGCGCUGGGGCUGCUCGCGCUUGGCGCGGUGCUGUGGCCCACGACAGGCGGCUGGGAGCUCACCAUACUGCACACCAACGACGUGCACAGCCGGCUGGAGCAGACGAGCGAGGACUCGAGCAAGUGCGUCAACGCCAGCCGCUGCGUGGGCGGCGUGGCACGGCUCGCCACGAAGGUGCGCCAGAUCCGCCGCGCCGAGCCCCACGUGCUGCUGCUCGACGCCGGCGACCAGUACCAGGGUACCAUCUGGUUCACCGUGUACAAGGGCACCGAGGUGGCGCACUUCAUGAACGCCUUGGGCUACGAUGCCAUGGCACUGGGAAAUCACGAAUUUGAUAAUGGUGUAGAAGGCCUGAUUGAUCCACUCCUCAAAGCGGCCAAAUUUCCAAUUCUGAGUGCAAACAUUAAAGCCAAGGGGCCGCUGGCAUCUCAAAUAUCAGGACUUUAUGCGCCAUAUAAAAUUCUUCCUGUUGGUGAUGACGUUGUAGGGAUUGUUGGAUACACUUCAAAAGAAACCCCUUUUCUCUCCAAUCCAGGAACGAAUUUAGUAUUUGAAGAUGAAAUCGCUGCAUUGCAACCUGAAGUAGAUAAGCUAAAAACUCUAAAUGUGAACAAAAUUAUUGCCCUGGGACAUUCUGGUUUUGAAAUGGAUAAACUCAUCGCUCAGAAAGUGAAGGGCGUGGACGUAGUGGUGGGAGGACAUUCCAACACGUUUCUUUACACAGGCACUCCACCUUCCAAAGAGGUGCCAGCGGGGCAGUACCCAUUCAUAGUCACGUCCGAUGACGGACGGCAGGUUCCCGUGGUCCAGGCCUAUGCUUUUGGCAAAUACCUAGGCUACUUGAAGGUUGAGUUUGAUGAAAAAGGAAACGUCAUCACUUCACAUGGAAAUCCCAUCCUUCUCAACAGCAGCAUUCUGGAAGAUCCAAGCAUAAAAGCAGACAUUAACAAAUGGAGGAUAAAAUUAGAAAAUUACUCGACCCAGGAACUGGGGAAAACAAUUGUUUACCUGGAUGGCACCACUCAGUCAUGCCGCUUUCGAGAAUGCAACAUGGGCAACCUGAUUUGUGAUGCUGUGAUUAACAACAACCUGAGACACCCGGAUGAGAUGUCCUGGAACCACGUGUCCAUGUGCAUUUUAAACGGAGGUGGCAUCCGGUCGCCCAUUGACGAGCGGAACAACGGCACAAUUACCUGGGAGAACCUGGCUGCUGUGUUGCCCUUCGGAGGCACCUUUGACCUGGUCCAAUUAAAAGGCUCCACCCUGAAGAAGGCCUUCGAGCACAGCGUGUACCGCUACGGCCAGUCCACAGGGGAGUUCCUGCAGGUGGGCGGAAUUCACGUGGUGUACGAUCUUUCCCGAAACCCCGGGGACAGAGUGGUCAAAUUAGAGGUCCUUUGCACCCAGUGUCGUGUGCCCAGUUACGAGCCCCUCAGAACGGAUGAGGUGUACAAGGUGAUCCUCCCGAGCUUCCUCGCCAACGGUGGGGAUGGAUUCCGGAUGAUAAAAGACGAAGUGUUAAAACAUGACUCUGGUGACCAAGAUAUCAACGUGGUUUCCGCAUACAUCUCAAAAAUGAGAGUAAUUUAUCCAGCAGUUGAAGGUCGGAUCCAGUUUUCUGCAGGAAGUCAUUGCCAUGGAAGUUUUUCUCUAAUACUUCUUUCAGUUUUGGCAGUGAUCAUAGUUUUAUACCAGUAGCCAAAAAUUCUCCUUGCCAUUAAUGGAACUGUAUUUUUUUCUCAAGUGAGAUUCAAGUCUACCUUUUAGGAACUGGCUUUGUGAUGGUGCAGAGCAUCCUUGCAGUCUCCUAGAAGCUGAGCUUAGAGGGUUGUAAACGAAGACACUGACAUCAUCACUCAGGAUCAGCAACUUAAUGAACACACAGGAAAAGAAAUGAAAAUGGGGCCCAUGAGGAGAAGGCCAACCAUCUUUAGUUUACAUAUGCAAAUUUUAAUAAAAUUUUAUAAACAAUUCUAAAACAUA